GGCAAAAAAAGGUUUUACGAAAGAAAACUGUUUACCAAAAGCCAGCUGGAGUCUAAAGCACAAGAAGCUCCGGAAAUGAACAACGAGACCUUCUCAUCUUCAGAAUUUGUGCUGCACUGUUUAAUCGAGGCAGACCAGAGACGUUAUAUAAUCGCAGCACUCGCCUUCAUUUAUCUACUUUCUCUCUUUGGAAACCUCCUGGUAAUUAUCGUCAUAAUUCUGAAUGACAAGCUUCAUGCACCGAUGUACAUUUACAUUGGCACUUUGGCGGUGAUCGAUUUGGCUAACAGCACAAUCCUCAUUCCAAAAAUGCUUGCUGACCUUCGAGUCCUGCUCUCUCCGGUGCCUUAUGGGCUUUGCUUUUUUCAAAUGUCUAUUAUUUUGAAUGUUGAAGAGAUGGAGUCUCUCCUCCUCACUUUAAUGGCAUUUGACCGCUAUGUAGCUGUAGUUCACCCUCUGAGGUAUAACACAAUUGUUACAAACAAAAGAGUCUGGCUAAGUGUUAUCAUGAUGAAUGUUUUUGUCUUCUUGUUUAACUCACAAUACCUCUUUUUUGCACGAGAGCUUAUUUUUUGUCGCACCAAUAUCUUACCGUAUUGUUUCUGUGACUACGCCACAAUGGUCCAGAUUGCCUGUACUAAUGACCCAAAAUACUUGCUGCUUUUGUCUGUCAUCGUUAUCAUUACAGGGGUCAUCCCUAUGAUAUUUAUUCUGCUGUCCUACAGCGUCAUUACAAUAGCAGCCAUAAGGAUUUCAUCGGCAGAAAGGAAAAAGAAAGCAUUCAGCACCAUCCUGACCCACUUGCUGGUCGUGUUCUUCUUUUAUGUUCCAUUGCUUACAUCUUACAUACUACCGGGAGCUGGCGUGAAGCUUUCUGAAGAAGCAUACAACACAAUGGUGAUUGUUGGCAAUGUUGUACCUCCUAUGCUGAAUCCAAUCAUUUAUAGCUUCAGGAAUGAGGAGAUAAGAGGAGGCAUAUAUAGGCUUUUUACAGGAACAAAGACAGCUCCAGUAGUUAAAAGCCAUUAAUAGUGUCAAAAUCUGAAAAAUAAAGAGAUGGAAGCUUAAAACUGAUUGAAAGUAGAGUGUUCAAAUAUGCAUUCUGAUUUACAGUUUAGCAAGGUAUUUGAAAAAUGCAAGAUAUAAAACCCUUUACUGUACGCUGUUCCUAUAAUUAAAGUGAAUAGUAAAUUGAGGCAAAAAAACUGUGAAAAUUAAAGAGAAGAGUAAACUGAGUAAACUUCUGUUAUUUGUCACUGUGUUAUCUUGUGAGUAACAUGUUGGACUGGAAAUCAGAUUGGUGACUUUGAAGAA